AUGCCGAAGCGGUUGGGUAAUUGGCAGGUCCCACGCUGGGCGCCAACUAGAGCUCGUCCUGUUGAAAUGCGCCCUAACCCUAAGCCUAUAUGCGAUAUCAACGGUCGCUUUCUACCGGGAGCACCUCGUGGGUCAUCCAAAUGUUUCGGACACUUCACUGGAACUUGGGAAUUACCAAGAAAAAUUACAAGGAAAGUCGCUGAAGAAUUGUCUAAGGAGCCACCGGAUGGAAGAUUUUCAGAUUGGCUAAAUCUUCGUGUACAGAGGCCAACAGCAGAACGCAUGCGCGCCGGGAAACGCGGUAAAGCGACAGAGGACAAACAACCUAUAGAUGAACAGACCUUUAUAGAACAGGAUCAAGAAUUAACAAAAGAGCCACAACAAACAAAUUUAGAGCAAGCCGAAAAUAAUAAUACAAACGAGAGCGAUAAAGAGGGUGAUUUAUAUUUAAGUAAAAAUAAUAAAGAAUCAAUUGAUAGUGAUGGUCAUGGACCUUAUAUACCAGGAUCUUUAACUGAUCCAGAAAAGAGGCAUGAAAACUAUGACCUAUUGGUAAAAGAUGCCGUUGAACAGCUUCACGGGCCUCAAGAAAAUCCCACCGACGACUUUUGGCGGAAAGUAUCCGAAAAUGCAAGAAAAAAUGAACAUAUCCGUGAUAAUAUGAAAUAUAGCAAAAAAGGCGAAACAACAAAACUUCCUUAUGUAAAUGUGGUGUCCCAAAACUUCCAAUUUGCAAAAAAAAUGCACGCUGGUAAUUUAGAACACGAACCAUUACCGGAUACUUUAGGGUAUCGUCAUUUAACAAAGGUUGGAGAGCACCGAGACUCUGAUAUUGUGGUUAAACCUUACGCUAUAGGGUGGAAGGGCUAUGGCGCUUCAGGACCAACUUGCUGUACUAAAAUGCGAGUCCACAGACCUAAAACCUGUGAUCCUAAGAAAAAUGGAACGAAAGGAGAUGAUCGAAAACAGCGUCCAGCAACGUCAGCAGUGGAUUUAGGAGGACAGUACAAAAAACCUAUGUCUUCAAUGGAUCUUGCCAUUUGCUGGGACUUUAAAACUGAUGAUCCAAAGCGGGAACCUCGGCCACCAAAGCAUAUAGAUGGAUCAAACGGAUCGCAAGCACCAGCGGUUUUCACUAUGGUUCAUACACCCAAAGAAGAAGUACAUGAAACAGUGUUAGGGCACGCAUACCCUAUAUUUAAUCAAAAUCGGAAUUUAGAUGACAUCGGUCGUCAUAGUGUUCCCCAUUUUGAAAAAGACAUGACUAAAGAGAAGAAAAAGGACUCAUGCGAUGUGCAAUACUGCCCACAGCACAAUGUGACUGAUAAAAGUAUCAAAUCACGGUCAUCUAGUAGAAAAAGCUCUGCGCAAUCUGGAGACAAAAGUCUUUGCGAUGGUAUUAAUGGUUGCGGUACUCUUUCAGAUAUAAGUCAAAACUAUAAUCGCAAAGAUUUGAAACAUAAAAAUAAGCACGUAAAAGAAGCUUGGAGUUCGGAUAACAAGCAUGAAAAUUCUAAAUAUGAUAUGAAUCGAAAUCGCCACAGCCUGGAAUCUUAUGAGAAAACACCACUGGCGCAAGGUAAGUUACAUCAAAGUUCCCCGAAUGAAUCACAAAUACUGAAACAUUCUUCCAAGGAAUCAUCCAAAAAUAGUGAAUCCUCUAACAUCAAACACAAGAACUGUAGUUCUUGCAACGGAGUAAAAGUAUUGCAGGAUAAAAAACAAAAAGACGAUUAUAAAUUUGCCUUCAAGGCUGGGAACCCAAACUCCGUGCAAAGUACCUUAUCAAACGAUUCAAAGGAAUUAAAGAUACCCAAAAUGCGCCAUCCUUAUACGAAAAAAUCCUACACCAUCCCAACUUUAGCUCCUCCAUUUAGCAUUUGGCGAGAUGCUAAUGCUACCGGCUAUCCUGAGCAUUGGAGGCUAGCGAGUGUGUACCAACAUGCCUAUAAACCGCCCGAUCAACGACGUAAGCCGCUUAUUGAAAGUGUCUAUCAG